AUGAUUCGCUAUGCAGUCUCUGGUUCGGCGCGGAUCCACUCAAUCAGCUGGUCCACGGUUUCGAUUUCAAUAUCCUCUGCCACACCUUCCUGUGCAGGGAUUGUCAAGGAGGUUCGUCGUUUAGUUUCUCUUCGCCGGCGGGAGCCGAUUAAGCGGCUACCAAUUCGCGAAGCAAUAGAUAUUGAUCAAUUCCUAAAUCCUGCUACCGAAGAGGUUACUGAUUCAUUCGAUUCAAUCGAUUCUAUCGUGCUAUCUCAGUUCCCAGGCCCUACAGCAGAUUGCGAUGAGAUCGAUGAGAUCGAGGACGAUUUAGUAGAGGAGGAGAUAUAG